UGGUAGUAGGAAGUGGGUGGUAAGAGCUAAGGAUGGAGCGAAGCCUGUGUAGCGAUCACAGAUGAUUUUUCGCGAGAAAAUCAAUGUUACACCAGAGAAGAACAGAGUGAACCCAUCGUGUACCUGUGAGAACACGGGAAAACGGACAAAUCUGUUUACAGGAGGACGAGAACGUGAAAUGAUCAACCUGCUUUCAGUGCCGAUGUGUGUGUGUCUUUGAACAGAGGGGCAAAUAGACUCGCUACAGAUUUUCAUUGAUCUCGCCGUUUUCAAUGCACAGAAGCUCUGAGUGAAUGUGACAUGUAAUCGAGAUUUGUAGUUGUGCAAUAAUGUUCAAUAGGUCUGCAAAGAAGUCCGUGUUCAUGCAUGCACUGGUCCCUUCUCAUCACAUAGACUGUGCUUGAAUGUGGGUUGGCUGCCUGUGGACUCCUCUAACAUGUAGCGGAUUGUAGACCGACAUAGGAUCGUUGUGAUAGAAGCAUUUUAAAGGAUGAAAGUAGUUGAAUGGAUUGUUGUUGGCUAUUCCUGGUCCAAUGAGCUAUCUGUAGUUUUAAAAGAUUGUUUUUGAACUGAGAUUCGCACUUGAUGUUUUGGAGGGGGUGAAAGAUGCCUGCAAACUUGUUUGGUUUAUCUAAUAUGUGGUGUGAUAAGCUUCGGUCUGACAUAGGCUGUUUGGGGGUUUUCUUCUCAGUGUCUCAGCUGGAUUUGAGUUCAUGCAGUGCACGCUGAUCCCACUGUGCAGCCUCUCGCUUAUUCAGCAGUUCCCACCACAGAGUAGCCUAGUCAGUAGUCUCUGUCAGUCUCUGCCAGCAAGGGAUGUGGGCUGGGGUCGAGCACAGGAGCGGCACUUUGAUAUACUUUGGUAGAGAUAGGCUAACUGAUAGUGUAUUUUUGUGGUUGUAACUCGAGAGAAGAUUUCUCGUAUUGUAUAAUUUACCAAAUUGAAUAUAAUAGCAUCAAUUAGACAAUUAGAUGUUACCUGCUUCUCGCUGGGAAACGAUGUUAUAAGCAGCCGACACUCUGCCAAGCAUUUCGGUUAAGUAGUAAAUUGACUCUCGCUGAAAGCCACGCGAGAGUGGGGCUUCUUCUCGACGCCGUCAUCAGUAGCCCACGAGACAGUGACAGGUGUGAAGACGUACACCCGCCAUGGAUGAUUCUGGGAUCAUCCGAAGACGAAGGCUGCAGAAGGAUCUGCCUCUGCCACGGAAAAGUAACAGUUGCAGAACCAGUAACCGGAAAAGCCUCAUCCUGACCAGCACGUCGCCCACCCUGCCACGGCCACACUCUCCACUGCCUGGACACAUAGGAAGCAGUCCGUUGGACAGCCCACGCAACUUCUCACCAAGUGGACCUGCCCACUUUUCCUUUGCCUCCUCUCGCAGGGCUGAUGGUCGUAGAUGGUCCUUGGCUUCUCUGCCUUCCUCAGGAUAUGGCACCAAUACACCCAGUUCAACAUCAUCCAGCUCAUCCCAGGAGCGUCUGCACCAGCUGCCCUUCCAGCCGACCAUGGAUGAGUUGCACUUCCUGUCCAAGCACUUUGGCAGCACCGAGAGCAUCACGGACGAUGACGGGGGCCGACGCUCGCCGCAUGCCCGCCCUCGCUCUCGAAGCCUCAGCCCAGGGCGCUCUCCAUCCUGCUAUGACAAUGAAAUAGUGAUGAUGAACCAUGUCUACAAGGAACGCUUCCCCAAGGCCACAGCUCAGAUGGAGGAGAGGCUGGCAGAGUUCAUCCACAACUACUGCCCAGAGAGCGUCCGGCCACUGGCCGAUGGGGUCCUUAGUUUCAUCCACCACCAGGUAGCUGAGCUGUCCAGAGACUGCCUGACCAAAUCACGUGAGGGUCUCAUCACCAGUGUCUACUUCUGUGAACUGCAGGAGAACCUGGAGAAGCUGCUGCAUGACGCUUAUGAGCGCUCAGAAAGUUCGGAGCUCACCUUCGUCAUUGAGCUGGUCAAAAAGCUCUUCAUCAUCAUAUCUCGUCCAGCCAGGCUCCUCGAGUGUUUGGAGUUCAACCCUGAAGAGUUUUACCAUCUGCUGGAGGCAGCGGAGGACCAUGCCAAGGAGGGACAACUGAUGAAGGCAGACAUCCCUCGAUACAUCAUCAGCCAGUUGGGGCUGACUAGAGACCCACUGGAGGAAAUCGUGAGCCUUGACAGCUACGACAGUGAGGGUCCUCAUACUCCAGAGACUGAUGACUCAGCAGAGGGAAAAGGGAGGGCCAUUAAGCCACCGAGUGAAGAAGAUUUUCAGAGCAUCAAACUGAUCAGCAAUGGAGCGUAUGGUGCCGUCUACCUGGUGCGCCACAGAGAGACACGUCAGCGUUUUGCCAUGAAGAAGAUCAACAAGCAGAAUCUGAUCCUUAGGAACCAGAUCCAGCAGGCGUUUGUAGAGAGAGACAUCCUCACCUUCGCAGAGAACCCGUUCGUCGUCUCCAUGUUCUGCUCCUUUGAAACUCGGAGACAUCUGUGCAUGGUCAUGGAAUAUGUUGAGGGUGGCGACUGUGCCACUUUGUUGAAGAACAUCGGGGCUCUGCCUGUGGAGCUGACAAGGAUGUACUUUGCUGAGACAGUUUUAGCCCUGGAAUACCUGCACAACUAUGGCAUCGUCCAUAGAGACCUUAAACCUGACAAUCUACUCAUCACCUCCAUGGGACACAUUAAGCUUACAGACUUUGGCUUAUCGAAGAUGGGUCUAAUGAGCCUCACCACCAACCUGUAUGAGGGACACAUUGAAAAAGAUGCCAGAGAGUUCCUGGAUAAGCAGGUGUGUGGUACUCCAGAGUAUAUCGCUCCAGAGGUUAUUCUCCGUCAGGGCUAUGGAAAGCCAGUGGAUUGGUGGGCCAUGGGCAUCAUCCUCUAUGAAUUCCUGGUGGGCUGUGUCCCUUUCUUUGGAGACACUCCGGAGGAGCUGUUUGGACAGGUCAUCACAGACGAUAUAGUUUGGCCAGAUGGUGAUGAAGCUUUGCCUGCGGAUUCCCAGGACCUCAUCUCUGCCCUGUUACAGACCAACCCUCUUGUGAGGUUGGGUACAGGCGGAGCGUUUGAGGUGAAGCAACACUCGUUCUUCACAGAGCUGGACUGGAACAGUUUGCUGAGACAGAAGGCAGAGUUCAUCCCUCACCUGGAGUCAGAGGAGGACACCAGCUACUUUGAUACCCGCUCGGAUCGGUAUCAUCACAUCAAUACGUACGACGAGGAUGACACCAAUGACGAUGAGCCUGUAGAGAUCAGACAGUUCUCUUCCUGUUCUCCUCGAUUCAGCAAGGUGUACAGCAGCAUGGAGCAUCUGUCUCAGCUGGAGCAGAAAGCCACGACCUCUGUAUCCCGUCGGGAGCACAAGGGCCCACGGGAGGACAAGGUGACCAAGAGAGAAAGCCUAGGCAGCUUCAGCAUGAGAGACAAGAGCUGGAGGACCGGAUCCCCCGAAAUGAAGCGCCUGUCUUGUUCAGAGUCCCUCCACAUGGACGGGGAUGGUAGCCCUCCUCUUGGUGCUCGUCGGCGCUUCUCAGCACUGAUGGAUACACAUCGUUUUGCCUCACCCCUAGACGGUGAGCCAGACUUCCUGUCCCGCCAGGCGCCCAUCAAGGUCCGUGGAACCUCACUGGAUGGAACCAGUGUCCCCUCGCCAAGCCUCCUGGAGCAGAGAAACAGUCUGAAGGAGAUCAACGGAGCAGACAAAUCCCCUAGACAUGGAGAGACACCAGGAGUAACCACGGCCAUCGCCACAUUAUCCCCAGGUCCUGCAGCUGCCGGACGUGACGUGAUAACUCCUUUGUAUGACCCUCUGGGGGCCCGGGCCACCAAUGACCUGGUCCUCCGUAGGGCGCGCCAUCAGCAUUUGUCUGGGGAUGGAGAGAAACGCAACUCCAGACCUGGAAACAAGGUCAUUAAGUCUGCCUCUGCCACGGCCCUGUCUGUCAUCAUACCAUCAGUGGAGCAGCAUGGCGGCUUCUCUCCGCUGGCCAGCCCCAUGUCCCCCCACUCUUUCUCCUCCAACCCCUCGUCACGUGACUCUUCACCCAGCAGAGACUUCUGCCCAGCGGUCAGCGUGCUGCGCUCUCCCAUCACCAUCCAUCGCUCUGGAAAAAAGUACGGUUUUACUCUCAGGGCCAUCAGGGUCUACAUCGGAGACAGUGAUGUCUACAGUGUCCAUCAUAUUGUUUGGCAUGUAGAGGACAGCGGCCCCGCCCAGGAAGCUGGCCUGUGUGCCGGUGACCUCAUCACCCACGUCAACGGGGAGUCUGUCCACGGUCUGGUCCACACUGAAGUUGUAGAGCUCAUCCUCAAGAGUGGAAACAAGGUGACAGUGACAACCACGCCUUUUGAGAACACCUCCAUUAAAGUGGGUCCUGCCCGCAAGGCUGGCUACAAGUGUAAAAUGGCCCGACGAAACAAGAGGACCAUGGGCAAGGACAGCCAGGACAGUAAGAAGCGGAACUCCUUGUUCCGUAAGAUCACAAAGCAGUCCAAUCUGCUGCACACCAGCCGCAGCCUUUCCUCAUUGAACCGCUCUCUGUCCUCCAGUGAGAGUCUUCCUGGCUCCCCAACUCACAGCUUGUCUGCCAGGUCCCCAACAAAGGGCUACCGCUCCACCCCUGAGCCCUCAUACCUGGGUGCUUCCUCCCAGAGCAGCUCUCCAGCCUCCAGCACUCCAAACUCACCCGCUCCCGCUCAGCACAUGAGGCCCAGCUCCCUGCACGGCCUCUCCCCUAAACUCCACCGCCAGUAUCGCUCUGCCCGUUGUAAGUCUGCAGGUAACAUCCCCCUAUCCCCGCUCGCCCACACACCCUCCCCUACCCAGUCUUCGCCUCCACCACUGCCUGGCCACACCGUGGGGAGCUCCAACACCACCCAGUCCUUUCCUGUAAAGCUCCACUCCUCGCCGCCGGUAGUCCGCCCCAGGCCAAAGAGUGCUGAACCCCCGCGAUCACCUCUUCUCAAAAGAGUGCAGUCAGCAGAGAAGCUAGGUUCGCCUCUGACCCAGUCCAGUUCUACAGGAGGGCUGGGGGGUCCGCUGAGAAAGCACAGCUUGGAGGUACAGCACUCUGAGUACCGUAAGGAUGCCUUCCUCUGUGAGCUCGGGCUCCAGAGCCUGCUGGAGACAGAAGGGGAAAAUUUGCCUCCUAAUCCUCCACCUCUGCCCUCAUCCUCUACAAACCCAGGGGCCGGUGUCCUGAAGCCUAUGAGGAGACUAGGGAGGCAGGAGUCACCGCUUAGCAGGGAAACACUGCUGGCUGGGAGGGAGAGGGAAGAGAGGGAGAGAGGAAGGGAAAGGGAGAAAGAGAGGGAGACUGAUACCGGGACAGUCCUGGAGAGAUUGAGUCGGGUUGGAGCAACAGUAUCCCAGUCAUCCUUAUCAAGAAAACCUCAUACAAGUGAGCUGUCCUUUAGCUCACAGGCUGGCCAGAGCUCUAGACUAAGUGCAGAAACCACUAAAACUACAACUUCUACUACACCUACCAAAACAACAGGAAGUCUAGGUGGUCUGAAGGGGCUUGAAAAGAUCCCCCAGAGUCCGGCAGACUUAAAUUCUAAACCGCAAGACCUCAAGGCAGCCAAAAGUGUGUUAUCUAAUAGUAGAGAUCCCCAGGAGCAGCUAUGGGGCAGAACUGAACCAAAGCAAGAAGGUGACAACAAGAGUAGGCCUGGUUUACCUGGUGCUGCCUUCACCAAGAGCUCUGCUUCUACUCCAGAUAAAUCCAUCGGCAUCAACGCAGCAGUGAAAGCCGGUCCUCUCAACAUGAACAAAACCUUUAAACCAUCAGGUAUGGGGGACAGCCUGAGAAAAGCUGGUUCAGAGAGCAGUGACUCGAGGACUCCAGACUUCGGCUCUAAAAGCCCCAAACUCCCAGCUCGCGUUCUUGCUCCCGUCAUUCCCCCACAUGGGCAGCCGCUCUCGCUUGGCAAGGUGAGGCAAGGACUUGGGCCUGUCAACUGCUACCGGGGAACCCUUGACUGGGAGGAUAAAUGUCGCCUGGAGGUGGUGGAGGAGCAUUCACCUUCCCCUUCUCCCUCCCCGACUUCUGUCACCCCCUCCCUCUGCGGACCUUCCCUCUGUAAGUCACGGCCUGUCUCCCCUGGCGACAAGACAAGCUUCGUCAGCCAGCUGACCACUGUGGCCAAAAAUGUCCUUGGGCCAAUCAAGCUUGGCUCUCAGGAGGGGUCCAAGAGCAAGGACCAGCAGACUAAGGCAGUGGAGGAGAGACAGGGAGGCACAGCAGCAAAGUCUGACCCUCCUGCUGGAGGUCGAGUGAUUGUUGGGUCUGCAGUGGUGACCCAAGGUCCUGCUGCUUCACCGCUAGAGAGGGCUGCAACAGGUAGCAACCAGUCGAAAAUGUGACCCCAUGAGAAAUGGGACUUUAGUAAAAAAAAAAUGCCUUUUUUGGAAGAACAAUGCGACAUAAGUCAAGCACUUAAAAAUAAUGUACAUUCCAGUUUCAGAGUAUAUCAAAUUUUAUUUAUUGAUUCCAAUCAUUGACUGAUUCUAACUUUAAACCAGGAGUGAAAUAAUCGACUGUAAAGUUGCAUUAUCUGUUGAUUUUCUAUUAUAAAGUAUUUAAUAAGAAGACUCUUAAUGUAAUGUGGAACACUUUAUCAUAUGUAUAUGUGUGUGGGUCUAUGUGAACGCAUGUCAUAUGGUAUGUACUGUACAUGUAUUAUAGGUACAAGAAGGUCAAAAAGUGCUUUACGGAUCAAAACAUGCUGAAAACUGUGAAUACCAAAUCCAGUCACUCUGUUUUGUCUUUCAACCAGUCCUUUGUUGUUUUACUGCUUAUCCAACAAGACGAUGAUAAACUGAGUCACAGUCAAAUUGUAAUAUUUGCAUAAAACAACACAACUGAUGCAGCCUCAGUUUGGCUACAGUGGGUAAGCAAGCAACAAGAUGAUUAAGCUAAUUUCUUUUUCAUCCAGCAGUUUACUGAAUUGCUGUGCACGGUCAGACAAAGCCAAAGCAGGCACUCUGUCAGUGGAUGUCACGUCAAGCACUGUCUAGCUCUGUCUGUCACAGGGGAUUGUGUGUGUGUGUGUGUGUGUGUGUGUGUGUGUGUGUGUGUGUGUGUGUGUGUGUGUGUGUGUGUGUGUGUGUGUGUGUGUGUGUGUGUGUGUGUGUGUGUGUGUGUGUGUGUGUGUGUGUGUGUGUACGUAAAGCCACCUUGGGUCUAUUUCUGGUGGUUCUUGAAGGCUGUGUCCACAGCAGAGGAAAGCGUUUGACAGAGCUCAGGCUCAGGGCUUAUCUCCCCUUUGCAGGAGGGCUACCACAGCUCUUUUCUCCCUCUGCCUCCGACUGCAGCCGACACACAAACACACGAACACACUCACAUUGCCACAGGAGGCAGCAUUGUCAGCAGCUGAUUUUCAUGCAUUUAAAUCCAUACCCCCGUGGUCCAUAAAUUGGACGCGAGUAUGUUUGCAAGUGAGUGAGUUAAGAAGUGUGGGAGUGUGGGAGAAAGUGCGUGUCUUUUCAAGGGGUAAUUACACUCAGCAUGGUUGACUCAGCAAAGGUUAUGACCGAAACCGAACUGGAAAUAAACAGGCAGCAGUUAGGAUCCAGCAACAGUUACAGGCUUUGCUAUCCGCUCUGCUACUUUAUUAACAAAUCACACUGGCUCAGUGAGGAUAUAUAUAUGGAUAUAGUAUAUCAAAAAGAAUUGUUAAGCACAUAUACAGUGAACCCAUGUGUUGUUUUGAGGCAAAACAUGAAAAGCAGGCAGUCAUGGAUGUAGCAUACCGUAAUGUGUUUGUCAAAGGGCUCUAUAUCUAAGGUAGGGUUUAUGGUAUGGGCACGGUACAGUAUAUCACAAUGAACCUGUUGCUGUAAAAAAAACAAGGUUAUCUGCAGUAUAAUCAGAAUGACUGUGUUAGGUUGUUAGAUACUAAAAGCUAGGUAGUCAAGGUUGAUUUAUGUAAAGCUCACAUGUUGCUAUGUGACAUACUGAUAGAGGUGUUUGAGUCAAUCUCAGCAAGAGUGCUUAGAAGGACAAAAUGUUCACAGGAUAAACAAGUAGUGCUCUUCUUCCACUGGUCGUAUUCAUCUCAUUAGUAGUUAAUUAUCAGUAACUAUUCAGUGUACAUAAUCUUAUGCAAAUCAUUUACAGCUGUGUGUGAGGACUGCUUUCACUAUACUACUACUAGCUGAUUUACGAAAGAAAGUAUAGGAGUUAAAAGAUUCAAUCCAUCUUUGAUUUGAUGCGUCAAUUUCUGACAGUAAUUUGAUUUAAAUGACCUUGAUUCCUCUAAGCUUACAUUUGUAAACUGAUUCAACCAACAACAGCAACUUCACACAGAGGCAGAAGUUCAAAGACGGAAAUUUAUUUUCUAGUCCAAAAGGGUCUAAAAAGUCAGUUGGGGCAGGCUGGCAACAUUGUUUUGGUUUUUAUCUGUCUAUGCAGAGCUACAAAGGGGGAAGCUGUUUUUUGUAGUAUUGGCAGAUCUUUUUCAAUAAUAUAUAAAAAAAAAAAUCUUUAUGCAUCUUUAAUGCAAUAUAUAUUUAAAUAUAUUUAAAAGGAUAGCAAUCAAUCCUUCUAACAAUGUUUGAAGGUAAUAAUGAUGUUACGCCCCCCCAUUAAGAAAGUCCCAUGCACUACACGCAUCAACCAGUUUUUUUAUUUUUUAUUCAGCAUUGUACUCUACUGUCCUCCAGUGGUUCAAAACAUCCACUGUUGAACUGGUUUCUAUAAAAUGUUCAUCAUUAAUCUGCUGGAGUGAGCGUUUAUGUAAUGAAGCCAAUACCACUAAAACACUGCAGAAUGGAUGUUGUUAGCCAUAGGGUUACUGAAUAUGCAUUUAUGUUUCUGAUGACAAAAUAUUUGCAGUAGUUGUCAAAUGAACAUCCUUUUCUGUUGUUGUGUUCUUCACGUGACUGUUAAUUAUAUCUUCUGGAAUAGGGAUUAACAUUUUUAAAAUAAUAUACUGUCUUAUAUAUUCUACUGAUAGGAGGGAGUUCUUUUAUAUCUUGAUGUAAUAAAUGAGUUAUCAGGUCAGCAUUGUGCACCUGAUUAAGAAAACUAACUGUAAUGUAAUCUUAUACAGCUAUUAUGCCCACUUUCAGGCCUUUUCCCAAUCAGUGGUGUCUAUACUAGUGUUACAUGUUUAAGAAUUUCAAUUUUCUUUUUGUGAUUGACAGAGAGUAGAAUAAAUGCACUUUAUUUGAAAACAAAAAAUCUUCAUUUGCUGGUAUUGUUUGUAAGUUACUUUGAAGAAAAAGAAAAUAUACUGUAUACAAAUAUGGAUUCUACAAAUGAACACAGAAGUCCAAGUAUAAAAACAUUCCACAUUUCUCUGUUCACUGAAAGUGUAUUUAUUUGUACCAUGGGGCAUUUUUAUUUGUGAUAGAUGUGAUUCAAAUGCAGACACCUGAAGUGCAGUAUGUGGAAUAAAAUUCUGAGAUUUGUUCCAAAA